CGAGAAUAGUAUUCGAAGGAAAUGAAGUCGUCUCAAUUUGGAAAAGCAAGUCAACAAGGACUAAUUUGGCUAAUUCUUUGCAAGUGACUAAUGGAAAGCAAGUCAACCGUGGCUGAUCGUAAUGACCGGGACUUGGUUAAGCGCAUUACUCAAUCUUAUUUAUAAACCAGUUUGCCAUGCCUUCAUAAUCAAACUCAGAAUGGGGGUUUUGGUUAUGAAACUGAUUUUAUUAAUAUACUCACUUGUGAAUGGAGCAUUGUUCGUUUGCUCCAUGCAUUUGAGAAUGGGAGGCAACGAGACCGAUAGGCUUGCACUGCUAGCCAUCAAAGCUCAAAUAAAGCAAGAUCCUCAUAAUGUAUUGAGCUCCUGGAAUGAAUCCAUUCACUUUUGCUCGUGGCACGGUGUCUCCUGCGGUCGAUACCAUCACCAGAGGCAGAGGGUCACAAAGCUGAACCUGCAAUCUCAAGACCUGGUAGGGUCCCUAUCUCCAAACGUAGGAAAUCUAAGUUUCCUAAGGGAACUAGAACUACAAAACAACAACUUCAGCAGUAAAAUCCCUCCAGAAAUUGGGAAUUUGGGUAGAUUGCAGGUACUAUCUCUACACAACAACUCAUUUAGUGGCCCUAUUCCAUACAACAUAUCAUAUUGCUCCAACCUCAUCUUCAUGAAUUUCGGUUUCAACGGGUUGGUGGGUAACCUUUCCUCUCUGGAGCCUAUUCCCUCUAUGAUUGGGUUGAAAGCCUUAGAAGAAUUAGACCUUUCUCACAACAAUUUGUGGUGUGAAAUUCCAAAAUUUCUAGAGCGUUUUGUCUCAUUGAAGAAACUAGACCUAUCUUUCAAUGACUUUUGGGGAGAAGUACCAACUGGAGGUGCUUUUAAAAAUGCAAGUGUGAUUUUAAUUACUGGCAACCCCAUGCUCUGUGGCGGAAUUGCUAAUCUCCAACUGCCCAAGUGCGAGUCCCCAAAGGGAGGAUCAUCUCGUAGCUUGAUAAUCCGUUUCGUACUCUCUGGACUUGCUCUUCUCGGAAUUGCUAUGGAGAUGUACUAUUUCUUUCUUUGUUCGUCGAGAAAGAAAAGGAAAGAAAUUCCAUUGAGCACAUUGCCGAACUCUCUUGUGCAAGUGUCAUACGCUACUCUCCUAAAAGCUACCGAUGAGUUCUCUUCCGCUAAUCGGAUUGGUGCAGGCAGUUUUGGGUCUGUGUACAGAGGAGUUCUUUAUGAUGAUGGUAAAGCCCAGCUUGUUGCUGUGAAGGUGUUCAACUUGUUGCGGCAUGGAGCAUCAAAGAGUUUCAAAUCCGAAUGUGAGGCUUUAAGAAACAUCAGGCAUCGAAAUCUUGUCAAGAUUAUGACUGCAUGUUCAAGUGUUGAUUUUCAUGGUCAUGAUUUCAAGGCUCUGGUUUACGAGUACAUGGAGAGAGGAAGCUUAGAGGAGUGGCUGCAUCCUCCUACUGAAAUUGAAGAGGUAAGAGAGGCACUCAAUCUAGAGCAAAGACUAGACAUUGCCAUUGAUGUUGCUUGUACAUUGGAUUAUCUUCAUAAUCAUUGCGAAACACCAAUAGUUCAUUGUGAUCUCAAGCCAAGCAAUGUUCUUUUGGAUAACGAGAUGACUGGACAUGUUUCUGACUUUGGACUCGCAAGAUUUCUCUCCCAAAAAACUGGUACUAAUGCUUCAGAAAAUCAAACAAGUUCCAUUGGAAUAAAAGGAACAGUUGGUUAUGCUGCUCCAGAGUACGGUAUGGGAAGUGAGGUGUCAACAAAUGGAGAAGUCUACAGCUUCGGUAUUCUUCUGUUAGAGAUGUUCUCAGGAAAGCGACCCACCGACGACAUGUUUAAUGGCGACCUAAACCUUCAUACUUUUGUUAAAAUGGAUUUCCCUGAGCGAGUUAUGGAGAUUGCAGAUUCAACACUUUUUGAAGGAGGCAUUAACGAGAGAAGGGUUCGAAAGAUUGAGAGUUUCAUAGUCGAAUGUGAGGCUUUAAGAAACAUCAAGCAUCGAAAUCUUGUCAAGAUUAUUACUGCAUGUUCAAGUGUUGAUUUUCAUGGUAAUGAUUUCAAAGCUCUGGUUUACGAGUAUAUGGAGAAUGGAAGCUUAGAGGAGUGGCUGCAUCCACCUACUGAAGUUGAAGAGGUAAGGGAGGCACUCAAUCUAGAGCAAAGGCUAGACAUUGCCAUUGAUGUUGCUUGUGCAUUGGAUUAUCUUCAUAAUCAUUGUGAAACACCGAUAGUUCAUUGUGAUCUCAAGCCGAGCAAUGUUCUUCUGGACAACGAGAUGACUGGACAUGUUUCUGACUUUGGACUAGCAAGAUUUCUCUCCCAACAAACUGGAACUAAUGCUUCAGAAAAUCCAACAAGUUCCAUUGGAAUAAAAGGAACAGUUGGUUAUGCUGCUCCAGAGUACGGUAUGGGAAAUGAGGUGUCAACAAAUGGAGAUGUCUACAGCUUUGGUAUUCUUCUGUUAGAGAUGUUCGCAGGAAAGCGACCCACUGACGACAUGUUUAAUGGGGACCUAAACCUUCAUACUUAUGUUAAAAUGGCUUUCCCUAAUCGAGUUAUGGAGAUUGUAGAUUCAACACUGUUUGAAGGAGGCACCAGCGAGAGAAGGGUUCAAAAGAUUGAGGUGUGCUUGAAUUCAAUAUUUAGAAUUGGAAUUGAAUGCUCUGCUGAAUCUCCAACAGACCGUCUAAAGAAUAUCAGUGAUGCUGCAUCUGAGCUGCAUUCCAUUAGAGACGUUCUUCUUGGAUAGGAACUUUUUCUGCUACGGGUUUGUAUGAUGGGGAUAUUAUUUUUUAUGUGCUGCCUGAGAAAUAUUCUUGUUGCUUGCUGCUGCUAGCCUGGUACAGUAGAUGGGAGUUGUGCUACUACUACGUCGUUUUAUUUGUGUGUCCGGGCCUGAAGCCCUUAGAAAUGUGAUCAAAGCUAUCAAACUAUUGCAUCUUGUGUAAAUCUCUUAUCUUAAAUAA